GGCGGCUCCAGGCGGGGCACUCACCUGCCCGCCCCGCCGCAGCCAGGGAGGCGGACGGUGGAUCGCGGCUCGGAGCCGGAGCUGAUGGCGGCCGCCGACCCGCCGGGCGCUGGAGACCUCUCGCAGCUGGCGGAAAACCUGCUAUAUCAGCUGCAGGAGAAUUUCCAAGCUCUGACUGAGAAGAUAACGCUGAGAAUGGAAGAAAUGGGUGAGCGCAUUGAUGACCUUGAAAAGCACGUUGCUGACCUGAUGACAGAGGCUGGGAUAGAAAACGCUGAUGAAGAGCAAUGAAAUGAGAUGUGAUCAACACAAAGGAAGAUUAGCACCACACUGGAUUGAGGAGCUCACAAUGAGUGUUGCUAGACAUGAAAAAUGUUAAUGAAAACAGGCUUGCAUCAUGUCAUGAUAGUUAUCUCUCUAAAAAACCCCCACCUUUCCUGAGAAAGCUGGGUUUAUUCAUCUAAAUGGGACCCUGUAUUUCCUGCCAUAAAGAAGAGUUAGUUUCAGGGAAGGCAAAAUCGCUAUUUUGGAUCGAGAAUGAUAUCCUACAUACUGAACUUGUCCAGUCACUAACUUUUCCAAUGUAUGAAAAUGUAUUUCAUUUCAAUAUUAAAAUUUCCUUAUUUUUGUUGCCUUUUUAAGUGUUGUCAGAAUAACAAGAUGCUUCUGUGACAAAACUUUUCGCAUUGCAUGUGCCAUUUUGAUGUUUCUUUAAAUGUUUUACACUACAAAAUGUACCUUAUUUGAUGUUACUACAACGAUGUCUUUGCAAACUUUCAAAGGUCUAAUGCAUAUAACCUGUUCUGCACUAAAAGAAAUGGCAGUAUUUGCACAGAUUAGUUGUACAAGCUCACCUAAAGCUGUGCACACCUGUGCAGAUAACAUCAUCCAGGUAUGCAUAUUAUGCCAAUUUAAUUUAUUUAAUAUUGGACAUUUUGAUGAAAAGCCUACUUUAAAGGCUUUGACAUAGAUAAGGCAUUCUAGUUACCAAAUAUGUCCUGAACAAGACAUGGUAGAAUCAAAUGAAACAGGAAAUCUGCACUAACUUUAAGGUUCUUUCACACCAAAACAUUGGCACUUUUUGCAGGAAAGGUUUUGUUUGAAACUUAAUGGGAACCUCUUACAACAAAUGUAGACAUUGAAAACAAUAGAAUAAAAAUCUGAAGAAAUUAGAAUAGAAAUCGAAGAAAUUAGAAAUAUAUUACCUCAACAAAUAAAGGAUUACAUGGUUUUUAAAACUUCA